GUCCGGCGCGUGGCUGAUUCAUUUAGGGGCUGGAGCUCGGAGAGCCGACGUUGGCUCCUGCGCCGGGCGCCGCCUCGCUCUUAAUUGGCUGGUGUUUGGGGCUGCCCUCCCCCGCUCGCCAGCCCUGGGUUCCUUCCCGGGUCCGCACUAGGAACACUGCGCUCUCGCUUCUUGACCCGUGGGCCCUUCUCCCCUUCCUGUCUCCUUCCCGCCGCCGCCGUCGCUUCAGGCGCCCCUGCUCCCGGAGGAGCUUCGGCCCGGUGAUGGGGUCUCGGGCCUCCACGUUACUGCGGGACGAAGAGCUCGAGGAGAUCAAGAAGGAGACUGGCUAUUUGACUUCUUGGAGCCUAUUUCUUUACUGGGAACUCAGUGGAGCCCAUGCAGUCACAGAAGAAAGGCUGACCCAAGGCUGUGGUGAUCUUUUACCCAAAGUUUCCCACAGUCAGAUCACCCGCCUCUACAGCCGGUUCACCAGUCUGGACAAAGGAGAAAAUGGGACUCUCAGCCGGGAAGAUUUCCAGCGGAUUCCAGAACUUGCCAUCAACCCAUUGGGAGACCGUAUCAUCAAUGCCUUCUUUCCAGAGGGAGAAGACCAGGUAAACUUCCGUGGAUUCAUGAGAACUUUGGCUCAUUUCCGACCCAUUGAGGAUAAUGAAAAGAGCAAAGAUGUGAAUGGACCAGAACCACUCAACAGCCGAAGCAACAAACUGCACUCUGAGCCAGGCAAAGGGUCUGGACUGCCCGUUGCAUUUAGAUUGCGGUGGCCAGCAGGAGAGCAGGGCCCAGCAUGCCUUGUUCUCUUCCAGGGACCUCUUCUCACCAGCCCUUGCCAGGCGGGGAGUGAAUUUCAGUGAUUUACGGCGUCCCCAGGGGGCUCUUCUUUCCUAAGUGUCGAGAAGAACUAACUAACCUGCAGUAAAUAGGGAAAUGCUCACAUAUCCUUUCCGUGUGCGGAAACUGCUAAUGCUGCUCAAAGGUUCUGAUUCUGACGGCUCCCACCCUCUCGGGCGCAUCCCAGACCUUCGGUUUGUCCAGCCUCUGAGUCACGAGCUGGUGUAGCCCGCUGCCCCUGCAAGAGCAGACGCCGUGUUGGAGCCUGCUGGGAGCCAUCCGUCCCCCACAGAGACUGCAAGUAGGCUGGUCUCCCCCCCACCAAACCCAUGUUAUGGGCUGAAUUUUGUUCCCCCAAAAUUCAUAUGUUGACAUCCUAACCCUUAGCACCUCAGAACAUGGCUUUAUUUUGAGACAGGGUCUUUAAAGAGGCCACUAUGGUAAAAUAAGGUCAACAGGGUGGCCCUUAACCCUAUAUGACCAGUGUCCUUAUGAAAAGAGAUCAGAUCAACUUUUAAAGCUGAAAAUGAAUUAGAAUUCUGUUGAAUAUAGACAUAUGUUGGGAUCACAUUCAUGUAAUUUAACCAGUGAAAUCAAGAACUACAGGAGGAGUCCUCUAUGUCUGCUUCUCUAUCUAUAUACAGUUGACUCUUGAAUAACUUGGGGAGUUACGGGCACUGACCCCCACCCCCACCCGAUGGAGUGGAAGGCCCACAUAUAACUUUUGACUUCCCAAACAUCACUACAAAUAGCCUGUUGGCCAGAGGCCUUAACUGAUAACAUAAGCAGUUGAUUAACACUUAUUUUGUAUGUUAUAUGUAUUACAUACUGUGUUCUUACAAUAAAGCAAGCUAGAGAAAUGAAAAUGUUUUUUCAAAUUGUUGCAAAUUUCCAAAAAAUUUUCCAGUAUAUUUAUUGGAAAAAAAACUGCAUUUAAGUGGACCCACACAGUUCAAACCCAUGUCAGUCAAGGGUUAACUGUGUUGGUUUUCUCUGAAUUUUCCACAGAGCUGGAAGCAGCAAGAUGGCUAAGAGCAAUUGAACAUCCUAUACCUAGCAACAUAUUUGCUGCUCUUUACCUUUCAUAGGGGAUAUGUUACUUUAAAAUGUGGGCUUCUGGAACCAAAUUUGUUUCUGGUCCAUCUUCUGCAUAGAACAGUCUCUUCAGAAACUCCAAGAGCAUUCUUCAUCUAUUUCUUUUUUUUUUUUUAAUUAAAUACCAAUAUUUAUUAUGCAUCAAAAUAAAAAACAUCAAGAUUUAAGGAGAACGGGAAAGGUAAUGCAAUUCUUUUUUUUUUUUUUUAAUCCAACUUGAUCCGGUUUCGUGAGGUCUGCUCUGUUCUCCAGGUGUAUGCAGUCUGGCUCAGCCCUCCCUCCUGUUGCUCUUCCAGGACUAGUUGCAUCAACUACAUUUUCAUAAUAUAUGUAGUUCUCGGAGGAGUUCUCUGUCUUAGCUCUCAUGCUGCCAUCUUGAAUCUGUCUUAUUUCUUUUUAAUGCUGCAGUGAAAGAAUGUCAAGGCCAACCAGCAUGGCUAAACUGUACCUAUGUAGGCACAGACCAAAACACACAGUACUAAUGCUCUGUCUCCCAGGAGUAGUUCCUUAGUGCUCUCCUCUUCAGACCAGUGACACACAAUGUGUUGUAUGAAAGGCGCAGCCCAUCUUAGAGUGCCCCAGGGCACAGUAAGCAAGGGGAGGGCCACAAGCUUCCCUUCCCAUAUUCUAAUUGUCCUCUUAAAUGGUUUAAGUUUUUAUAACACAUAAUGAAUGAUGUGGGAAGUAAGGAGUCUGCAUGAAGAGGUUUUAUUUGGAUGAUGAGGAAUACUGGUGAAGUGGAAUUUGGGACGGCAGCCAAGAAGCAACAGUCAACAGUAUUAUUCACAAUAGCCAAAGGUGGAAGCAACCCAAUUGUUCAUCAGCAGGUGAAUGGAUAUACAAUACAUGAUAUAUAUACUUACCAUGGAAUAUUAUUUGGCCAUAAAAAGGAAAUUCUGGCACAUGUUAUGACAUGGAUGAAUCUACUCAUGUUAAAUAAAAUAAGAUAGGCCAAAGGAUAAAUAUUGUUUGAUUCUUCUUAUGUGAGGUUCCUAGAAUAGUCAAAUUCAUAAAGAGAAAGUUCCCAUGGGAAAUGAAGAGUUACUGUUUAAUGGGUCAGUUUACGUUGGGAAAGAUGAAAAAGUUCUGGAGAUGGAUGGUGGUGAUGGUUAUACAGCAAUGUGAAAGUAGUUCACUGUAUACUUAAAAAGGGUUGAAAGGGAAAAUUUAUGUUACUGUAUUUUACCACGGUUUUGUUUUAAAAUAAGAAACUGAUUAAAAGGUAAAGGUUUGA